AUGUCAGCAUCCUGGACUUCACUCUUGGGCCAUCCAGACCUUGUCCACUCACCUCUCGAAGCCAUGCGAUUGGAGCGGUGCGCAGUGCGAUGCAACGGUACUUGCUUCACGCAGAAUGCUGACGUCUUUGAUACGGCAUGUUUCUUGACGAGAUGA